ACCUUACUGAUAAUUACCUGCUUUGCUGCUGGAGAGGAGCUUCUGUGUCUCAUAGGAAUGUUUAAAGUUAAGAAGAACUUCACUUUAACAGGAAUAAACCUCCAGUAGAGCCUGGUUCAGUGUGAGCAGCCAAAUGAUCACUGUCUACCAUUAGCUACUCUAACUUUAUGAAAAAAACCCAUGAAAAAGAAAAGUUUUAAUCCUUUUAAAAGAGAAAUCACAGUGAGAUUUAAUAAAACUCUUUACUUUUGAUUACAGGCAGCUACAAAUGCUAAUCCAGUUGUCAUGACAACGACAUCCAACUCUGCGCUUACCAAGAUGAACCCAUCGUCAAGGUGGUCCAAGAUAAAGAUAGUAACGAAGCAGGCGGGUGAUGAAUGCAUCACAGCGAUCGAGAUCGUCCCGCCAGUGGAAGGAGCGGAGAGGCGCUCCAUCCCAAUCAGCCGCCCCAGAACCGUGGCCAGAAAGUUUGCCAGCAUCGCGAGAAGCCAAGUGAAGAGGAAAAGACAGAUGGCUGCCAGAGAAAAGAAAGUGACCAAGACCAUCUUUGCCAUUCUCCUGGCUUUCAUCAUUACAUGGACACCGUAUAAUGUCAUGGUACUGAUAUCCACCUUCUGUCAGUCCUGUGUCCCUGACACCGUGUGGGCGAUUGGCUACUGGCUGUGUUAUGUCAACUCCACCAUCAACCCAGCUUGUUACGCACUGUGCAAUGCCACAUUCAAAAAGACUUUCAAAAACCUGCUGCUGUGCCAGUAUAAAAAUAUAGGUACGAGAUGAGAUGAAAGAAGAAGAUAAAGGGUGGGAUGGGAGGGGAGGGUUAUGGGAGGGGGAGAUGUAAAUCACGUCAAAGGAGGAACAGAGGAAACACUAUAAAGGUGAGUGACAAGAAGACUGGAUGAAUAGAAGCAUAAAAGUGUGAAAUUUAACAAGUUCUGGCAUAUGGCGGGGGAUAUGCAUCUAUUUAUUCUGCAAGUUAAAGCAAACAGGCGAGAAAGCUCCCCAGCUUCCCUUUACAUGGAUCCACAGAGUGGAAAAGCUGCUACAGCAGUAAGACAAAGUGAAUGUGGGCUGGGAAAGAAGGAACAAGUGUAAAGUGCGGAGACCAAGAAUGGAAAUGAAAGCUUGUAGAGGUAAAACUAAAACAGAGCAGCGGUAGUGGCGCUGUUCAGAUUUGAGUGUUUUCAUGUAACACUUUGGAUAUUCUGUCAUUGCCCCCAUGAUGAAUUAUUCUCCAGCAAAAAUCCCCACAAAGUCAUGCGUUCAAGUUCUGAUGUAAUGUGAACUCUAUUAUAUCAAAGUACUGAGGGCAGUUGUGUGGGUAAUUGGCCACUGGCUGAGUUGUGACAGUUCAACUAUCGACCCAGACGGGUAAAAGUUGGUGCAGAAUCAUUAAAAAGUUCUUCUUGAUCCUGCAGUUGAUCUGAAAUCAGCUAUUUGUACAGAAAGGAAACAAGAGAUGGUUUAAAAUAAGGGAAAACAGGUAGCUGUGCUUCCAUUGACCAUAUAAUUGCACAAAUAUGACAUUUCAAAAAUAAAUUUGCUUAAUAGAAACAUGCCAAUU